CCACAACAUAAAAUUCCUAAACAUAGUAAGGCAAAAACACUUAGAACCAAAGUAGUGAUAUCAUAUGGCAGGAGUGAAGUUGCUUGGUCUUUGGUAUAGCCCUUUUAGUCACAGAGUUGAGUGGGCUCUGAAGAUUAAGGGCGUGGAAUAUGAAUUUAUAGAAGAAGAUCUACAAAACAAGAGCUCUCUGCUUCUUCAAUCCAACCCUGUUCACAAGAAAAUCCCUGUUCUCUUUCACAAUGGAAAGCCAAUAGCUGAGUCUAUGGUCAUUCUUGAAUACAUUGAUGAGGCUUUUGAAGGUCCUUCCAUCUUGCCUAAAGACCCUUAUGACCGUGCUAUAGCUCGUUUCUGGGCUAAGUUCCUCGAGGAUAAGGUGCCAGCGGUGGGGAAAAGUUUCUUUCUCAAAGGAGAGGAGCAAGAGAAAGGUAAAGAGGAAGCUUAUGAGAUGCUGAAAAUUCUUGAUAAUGAGGUCAAGGAUAAGAAAUUCUUUACCGGUGACAAAAUUGGGUUGGCUGAUAUUGCUGCAAAUUUUGUGGGACUUUGGCUGGGAGUUUUUGAAGAAGCCUCUGGAUUAGUUCUGGUUACAAGAGAAAAAUUUCCAAAUUUUUGCGCGUGGAGAGAUGAGUACAUUAACUGCAACCAAAACAAGAAAUAUCUACCUCCUAGAGAUGAGUUGGUUGCCCAUUUCAAAGCUCGCUUUCAAGCUGCAGCUGCUGCAGCUGCUGCAGCUGCUCCCAAAUGAACACCUGUGAAAUUUCAAGAUUUUGUGUGGCAACUUCGAGAUAAGAAUACGCUUAUAUCUGAAGUUAGGCUUUAACAAUUUCAGACCCGUAUAUUUGAAGUCUUUGAAACUUCAGACUCGCAAAUUUGAAGUUCAUGAAAGUUUGAUAUUUUGCGUGACCUAUAAAAGUAAUGGUGGAAGGGCUAGUUUGGCAAGAUAUUCACAAGCCAGGAAAUGUUUCGUGUUACUGUUUUGUUUGGUUGGUCAGUGAUUGUAGAAUUAAUAAAUAUUAGUACUUAAUUUUUUCAUGGAAUUGAUAAAGGCAAAUAAAGAAAUGUUGACUCAUAGUGUGAAAGCAUUUUAUAUUUCUAAGAAAGCAGAAAAUAUUACCAGGAA